UGUUUAUGUCACUGGCUCAGGUCCCCUACCCCAAAAAAGUCCCAAACAAUUGCGGAGGAAGAAACUAGAAAAGUUGUUCCAGAAAGAGAGAGAAAAUUCCACAAAACAAAAGAGCGAGAAGAGAAGCGGUCAUCGCAAUAACCAAAGAAAUAGUCGAAGUUGAUUCUUCGGGAACAGGUUAGGUUUGUUUCUGUGUUACAUUAAACAAACAGAGAGACGCGUGGUGUUGUUUGUUGACAGAACAGAACAGUCAUCCAACGUUAACAGUCAUCACAUUUUGGACGCGCUAUGCUUCCCGCCGCUCUUCUUCUUCCCGCUUAGACCUAUCUAUCCCUUUCCCUUUCUUCUCUACGUACGCACACGCAGAUAAUAUGCCGACUUUUACUGCCAUAGCAUUGGAUACCUUGUUAGAGCCUGGACCUUCCAAGCCCGUUUCACCUUCAAUGCCUGUUCCGGAAUUUCACAAGCUAGAGAGGACUACUAGUGCACCGAAAAGUAAGGCUCCUCGUCCGCGAUUGAAGCCAGCACUUUAUGCCACCCCUGAGGUGAAGCCGCUUCAAGAUGCAACUUCUUCGUCGUUCCCUCCUUCGCCGUACAUUGUCAACCACAAAUGCCGGGGGCCGCGAUUGCUCAAGAGUUCUUCCGAGGCUAGUGUACUGUCCCAUCAGAAUGUUAAUGGCGAUCAAAAGGUUAAUGAUAAGGAGUUAGAAAAUGUGGUGUCAAGUUCGGCUGGUGACCUUCAAGUCACUUUUACAAAACCUGAACUUGAAGACAAGCAGGUGAAUGGUGUCUGUGGUGGUGAACUUGAUAGAAGCAAUGGACACAGAGAACCUGAAAACGGUAGCUUGACGGAUGUUUUACUCAGGGAAAAGGCACUGGCAUUGAAUUCGGAAAGAGAUAGAGAGAUUGAAGACUUCUUUGACACACAAGAUUCGUUGAGUUUCACAAGUAAUACAGAUGGAGAGGAUAAUGCAGGGACAGAACUGUCUAUGAAAUUCAGCAGUCCUGGAGGGGAGUUUUAUGAUGCUUGGGAAGAACUAUCUUCCAAAGGCACGCCUCAAAAAUCUACUACAUAUGAUGUUGAAGCUGAAUUGCGUGAAAUGAGGUUGAGUCUAUUGAUGGAGAUAGAGAAGCGGAAGCAAGCUGAAGAAUCCCUGAAUAACUUCAGAAACCAAUGGGAGAGUGUUAGGCAAGGGUUAUGUCAGGCAGGAAUUAUUUUGCCUUCAGAUCUUAGUGUUGUUGCUGAAGGCGAGCAGCCUAAUCAUGACCCUGUGCAAGAUCUUUGUCAACAGAUUUAUGUUGCUAGGUUCAUAUCAAAUAUUGUCGGGAGAGGAACUGUCAGGGCUGAGGUAGAGAAGGAGAUGGAAGCCCAACUUGAGUCCAAGAAUUUUGAGAUCACUCGGCUCUUGGAACGACUCCGCUGUUAUGAGACCAUGAACCGGGAGAUGUCUCAGAGAAACCAGGAGGCAGUAGAGAUGGCACGGCGGGAGAGGCAAAGAAAAAGUAGGAGACAAAGAUGGAUUUGGGGCUCCCUUACGACUGUGAUUGCACUUAGUACUGCAGCAAUAGCAUGGUCUUAUCUCCCAACAGGUAACGGAUCAUCCUCUGCAGACGAUCAUCUGGUUCCCGAACAUGAAGAUGCAGCUAAGUAGUUUACUCUAUACCACUAACUGUAACUCAGUAGGAGAGGUCGAGAGGAAAAUAAAAGUUCUACAGGCCACUUUGUGGUAAACUUCAAUCUUGAUCAGUUGCAAUUUUCAGGCAUUUAAGUGUUUGUUCAUAAUUUAGCUAUUUAAAGAAUCCGCGGCCUUCCACUUGAAAUCUUGGUGAGUAGUUCAAUGAGGUGUUUUGGUCCGCAUUGUAGAGAAAUAUUCCGUUCCUACCUGUGCACAUUUGUCCAAGCUGUGUCACUUGGAAAUUUUGAGUACUUACAUAUAUGUUUGUCCAAUUUGAUACAUUUGGCUCAGUGCACUUAUAGUAGAUUGUUUCAUCAA